AAUGAGCCCCAGGAGGACAUGCUGUUGCCAUUGCUGUUGGGAGAACACCUCAUUUCCAUGUCAUUUGCAUUUGCAUGCACCCUGCUGUAAAAUGAACCAAGCAAGAACUUGUCAGAUACUUGCUUCCUUGCUGUGGUGAGCAGUCCCACAGCCAUUGUUCCUCUGUUGUUUUAUUGUGUCCUGUCCUCCUGCUGGCCAAGACAAACAGCUCAGUCUCCAGGAGGCAUCCAUCCCUCUGCUCCACGCGGCCAGCCUGAACAUGAACACAGGCAAAGCUGAUGACAGCCAGGGAUCUCCAGAGACGUGGGGCCCCGUGGGGUCCAGCCCCCAGAAGCAAGCGCUCUCAUGAUGCUGGCGGCCAAGAGUGAGCACCAUGCCCAUCACCCAGGACAAUGCCGUGCUGCACCUGCCCCUCCUCUACCAGUGGCUACAGAACAGCCUUCGGGAGGGCGGGGACGGGCCCGAGCAGCGGCUCUGCCAGGCAGCCAUCCAGAAGCUGCAGGAAUAUAUCCAGCUGAAUUUGGCUGUGGAUGACAGUGCGGUCCCACCCGACCACAGCCCCCCAGAAAUGGAGAUCUGUACUGUGUACCUCACAAAGCAGCUGGGAGACACGGAGACCGUAGGCCUCAGUUUUGGGAACAUUCCUGUUUUUGGAGACUAUGGAGAGAAACGCAGAGGGGGCAAGAAGAGGAAAACCCACCAGGGCCCCGUGCUGGACGUGGGCUGCAUCUGGGUGACGGAGCUGAGGAAGAACAGCCCAGCAGGGAAGAGCGGGAAGGUCCGGCUCCGGGAUGAGAUCCUCUCCCUCAACGGGCAGCUGAUGGUUGGAGUGGAUGUUAGUGGCGCCAGCGUACCUUGGACAAGAAGACCCCAGCAGUCGGGACAUCAACCGGCCACCCGGAACCCAGGACCCCAGGGCUGGCUGGGAGCUGAUGCCUGCAGCCAGUGCUGUGGUGAGAGCCGGGAACCUUCAUCCCCCAGCGAGCUCUAA